AUGUCAGGAGACAUGGACAAGCCGCUGAUCAGCCACCACCUGCCGGACAGCAACAGCGGCCUGACUGAAGCGCCCCCGGAGGCCCCCAGAGUGGGCAUCCUGGGCAGCGGGGACUUUGCCCGCUCCCUGGCCACACGCCUAGUGGCCUCCGGCUUCAGCGUGGUGGUGGGGAGCCGCAACCCCAAACGCACGGCCGGGCUGUUCCCCUCCACAGUCCACGUGACUUUCCAGGCGGAGGCGGUGAGCUCCGCUGAGAUCAUCUUCGUGGCUGUGUUCCGGGAGUAUUACUCCUCGCUGUGCGUUCUCAGCGACCAGUUAGCUGGCAAGAUCCUGGUGGACGUGAGCAACCCCACAGAGCAGGAGCACCGGCAGCACCAGCAGUCCAACGCCGAGUACCUGGCCUCCCUCUUCCCCACCUGCACGGUCGUCAAGGCCUUCAAUGUCAUCUCCGCCUGGACCCUGCAGGCCGGCCCGAGGGAUGGGAACAGGCAGGUGCCCAUCUGCAGUAAUCAGCUGGAAGCCAAGCGCACCGUCUCGGAGCUGGUGCUCGCCAUGGGCUUCUCGCCGGUGGACAUGGGGUCCCUGGUGUCUGCGCGGGAGGUGGAGGCCAUGCCGCUGCGCCUCCUGCCUGGCUGGAAGGUCCCCACCCUGCUGGCCCUGGGGCUCUUCAUCUGCUUCUACAUCUACAACUUCGUGCGGGACGUCCUGCAGCCCUACGUGCAGGAGGGCAAGAGCAAGUUCUACAAGCUCCCGGUGUCCGUGGUCAACACCACGCUGCCCUGCGUGGCCUACGUGCUGCUGUCGCUGGUGUACCUGCCCGGCGUGCUGGCGGCCGCCCUGCAGCUGUGGCGCGGCACCAAGUACCUGCGCUUCCCCGACUGGCUGGACCACUGGCUGCAGCACCGCAAGCAGAUCGGCCUGCUGAGCUUCUUCUGCGCAGCGCUGCACGCGCUCUACAGCUUCUGCCUGCCGCUGCGCCGCGCCUACCGCUACGACCUGGUCAACCUGGCGGUCGAGCAGGUUCUGGCCGACAACAGUUACCUCUGGAAGGAGGAGGAAGUCUGGCGGUUGGAAAUCUACCUCUCCCUGGGAAUCCUGGCCCUCGGCAUGCUGUCCCUGCUGGCUGUCACCUCGCUGCCAUCCAUCGCAAACUCACUCAGCUGGAGGGAGUUCAGCUUUGUUCAGUCCACCCUGGGCUUCGUGGCCCUGGUGCUCAGCACGCUGCACACGCUGACCUAUGGCUGGGCCCGCGCCUUCCAGGAGAGCAGCUACAAGUUCUACCUGCCGCCCACCUUCACGCUCACGCUGCUGCUGCCCUGCGCCAUCAUCCUGGCCCGAGGCCUACUCCUGCUUCCCUGCUGCAGCCGCAGACUCGCCAGGAUCCGGAGGGGCUGGGAGAAGGCAGGAGCCGCCCAGUUCCCGCUGCCCGAGGACCACAGCUUUGCCCAGAAGACAAGCCACGUGUGAGGUGCCUGCGCCCCUGGG